UCCUCUUUUCUUUCCCACAAUUUCUCCCAACUGUCUCUUAUUUCACCCCAUGGAUAUUCAUGCACAUCAUAUUCCGUACUGUGUACAGAGUAGUCCAUAUCGCUAUCGCUAUCCAUUUUGAGACUAAAUUAUCGGAGAAGAAAAUCCUUGAACCAGCUCGGUUAUGUAAUGACGCUAUAUCUGCAUAGCCAUCAUCAUCUAUUUGAAGCCUCCAUGCGGUUGGGCAGAAACCGCUCUGUACAAUUCCAAAAAAAGAACACCGAGAAAACCUCUGUCAUGACAUUGCCCUUGUGUAAUAUCAUCAUUCCUAAGUUGGCAGGUCAAACGAUAGGGGCAAAACAAAGCACAACAGGAAAAUAUAAAAGAAUUUCAAUUAAAAUAAAAUUAAAUAAGAUAAAAAUAUUCCGAUUCGGCUCCUCAGGCUUCUCUCGAUUUCAUCAAACCUCAGUAAAUGUAAUAUUAUUGCUCAGUACCUACUCAGCCAUGGACACUAGGACCUUGACCCAACUUAGGAAACCUCGAAGAGUGCCAACGGGCCGUGCAACGUUCUUCCAGGUAAGCCAUCGAGAUUGUCGUUUCUCCUUUACAAUGGCCGAGUCCCGAGUCUUUAGAAAGAUCAUGGAGACUCUCGUGUUGUCCUUCAAUUAGUGAGAUUGAUCAUGCCAUUUCUGGUCAGGUGCCGAAAACUCAUGUCCCUGUCAUGGAGUUUCCACCAAUAUUGAUGCUAUUAGGUUAUGUUUGGGUUGGCAUAUGUAGUAACCAUCUCAACCAUUUGGCCGUCCUUACUGGACUUUUAGGUGAUCGUCUGCCCUGCUUCUCUCACAGCAUGGAAGACAU